AUGUCAAGAGUAGCUACAUCAUCUUUACUUCGCUCGACCAGUAUUGCUCGCUCUGCCAUUGCGAACCCUGCUAAGCGUAUCCUUGGAGUGGAAGCUUUCACUAGCCCCCACCCAUCUGGAAUCGCUCAUCUCAGAAGAUGGAACAGUACCACAAGUACAAGUGAUCAGCCUCCCAAACAGCCUGGAGCCGAUCAAUCGCAGAAGCCCGCAGAAAAUCCUAACUCAUCGAGACUCGAAACAGGUGGAAAGGGCGGAUUGAAGAUAUCUUGGAUAUUCGGUGGUUUAGCAGGAUUGGGAGCUCUAGUAACCAUAUAUGGAUUACUGGAAUUCUACUCAACUCUGCAAACAUGGCCUAAAGCAGUGAGGAUACCGCUCCGAGCAGCGUUGAAAGCGAAAUUGAGACAGGAUUAUAUGAAAUCUGAGAAAUACUUUAGGGAAGCAUUAGAAGUAGCUUUGACGUUAGGUCCCUCGGCCCUCGAACCAGAACCAUUACAGAAGAUAACAGGUAUAUACGUUGAAUUGGCCAAUGUUUUAGAGUUGAUGGGACAGAGAGUAACUGCUUUCGAGGAAUUACGAAAUGCCGUUGACCUUCUGGGUCCUAAGCCAAUCAGACAACCUGGGUUAGAAGGAUCAGGAGAAUGGAUAGGACAAAAUUACAGAUUAAACGAUAAAGAUCACAUUAGGGCGAUUGGGCUGUAUCAGAAAUUAGGUCAAAUAUCAUUAGAUGUAUCCAAUUCUACAAGAGCACCCUCCUACACUCCUCCAACUAGAUCUGAAUAUGAAAUCAGUACGCCAACAGGAAAGAAGGUAGAAAAUUGGAAUGAGGCUUCUGAAUACUAUUUGUCCUCAGCGUUGACAGCUAUGCUCAAAUUGGGCUUGACUAAAUCCACCACUCCGACAAUCGGUGUUAGUAAUCAGGAUCAGCAGGUGGUCUUGGGACGGGAUGUGGACUUACCCUCGGGGGGAAUAUCAGAAGAUGCGGAUCAAGGUGGUUCAGUGGAUAAAAGAGGAUUAGGAAUGACGAUGGAAUCUCUCUCCGAGGUGUAUGCCAAGAAAGGACAAUAUGAUCUAGCCGCUCAACUGCUCUUGCAAGCUGUCUCUCUCCUGCUACCCCCUGGUAGUCAGGCAACUCCUCCGGUCAGAGAUAGGUGUCAAGCUGCUAUGUUGAUGACGACCAUAUCCUCCCACGCAUUGAAACAAUCCUCACCCCAGAUAAAUGCCGGCAAAUCAAUCAAGAUCUCCAAAUCAUGGUCAUUACGUUCAUUGCAGUUAUCAGAAGAAGCACUGCGAGAUUCUGAAUCUGAGAAUUAUAAGGAUUCGCCAUACGAAGCCUCCAUAGCUAUCUGUUCAAGAGCUAAGAGUGUAGGAUUGUAUAACCUGGGAAUGUUAGCUGAGAUGGAAGGUGACCUGCCCGGUGCACUGAAUCUCUUCCAGAAAUCACUCUCGGCGUCAAGGGAAACGGGCUUCAAAGAAGGUAAAAGGGAAGCAGCAGCUGCCAUACGUCGAGUGCAGUCGUUGGGCGGCUAG